GUUUUCAGUGAAUUAUGCCUUUUCGGUUUGGGACCCAGCCAAGGAGGUUUCCAGUUGAAGGAGGAGAUUCUUCAAUUGGGCUGGAACGGGGGCUGAGCUCCAGUGCUGCCUGUAAUGGGAAAGAGAUGUCACCAACCAGGCAACUCCGAAGAUGCCCUGGAAGUCAUUGCCUGACAAUAACUGAUGUUCCCAUCACUGUCUAUGCAACAAUGCGAAAGCCACCUGCACAAAGCAGCAAGGAAACGCACCCUAAAUAGCAUCAUUAAGUCUUUUGUAGAGGUUUGACUAGGUCAAGGGUAAUGGGCCAGUAUCAUCUUAUGAUCUGGUAAACAAAUAAAAGUGGUGGCACCUUUGGAUGAUG